CACCCAUCUGAUGAACACAAAAUCGAUUUAUUGAGUAAAAUUUUUCUUGAGAAACGGUAGCACAGAUUAUUCCGUAGAUUUAGAAGUAAAACACUUCAAUUCUCGUAAUUUCCUGCCAUAAAAGGAUACUCCAGGAUGGCAUUGUCAAAGGGUUUUCGUGCAUACGAAAAGAAUUGCCCUCCCGUUUACAGUAUCCUCUUGGAACAUCGAAGCAAACCUGACACCUUGCUGUUCGAGUCGCAAGCGAUUGCAGUAUUGAGUCAAACGGAAACUGAAGCCGUCAAGAAGCAAUAUGUGAAGAUACAGGAUGCUUACGGGUGUAUGGGAGUCCUGCAGAUCAAUGCGGGCAACUCAUCAGUGCAAUAUUUGGUCUUAAUCACGGGAAUUUAUUCCGUGGGCAAAAUCGCGGAUGUCGAAAUAUUUCGCAUAACUCAGACGCAAUUCGUUCCGUUGCAGUAUCAGCAAGUCAACGAAGAUCGUGCGGGCGAGGUGAAAAAAUUAAUCAACUCUGGCACGUUUUACUUCUCGUGGGGCACCAAUCCAACGGGGAAUUCGUUCGAUAUAACGUUAUGUGCUCAGAAAUGUAACAAAUUCAAGACAGGCAACACUGAUAAUAGAUUUUUUUGGAAUCGCAUGUUACACAUCCCCUUCCUCCGUUUCGGCGUAGAUUGCAGCUCGUGGUUGCUCAAAGUGAUGUGUGGCUCUGUCGAAAUUCGUACUGUCUACGCUGGCGUUAGACAAGCCCGUGCUGCGAUCAUUUCCCGCUUGAGUUGCGAACGCACGGGAACCCGUUUUAACGUGCGAGGCGUCAACGACGAAGGUCACGUCGCCAAUUUCGUUGAGACGGAGCAAGUUAUUUACUUGGAUAAUGAUGUCACUUCAUACCUGCAAACGCGUGGUUCGGUCCCUCUGUUUUGGGAACAGCCUGGAGUUCAAGUUGGCUCUCAUAAAGUUCGAUUUUCGCGUGGAUUUGAGACAGCAAAGGCUGCUUUUGACAAGCACAUGACAAUGAUAAAGGCUCGUUAUGGGCGUCAAGCGAUUAUAAAUCUCCUCGGGACGAGUCUCAUUGGCAGCAAGGAAGGUGAGGCGAUGUUAAGUAACGAAUUUCAGCGUCAUCACAAGGAAUCCGCGCAUAACGACGUCUCGCACAUCGUCUUUGAUUACCAUCAGGAGUGUCGUGGCGGAAAUACGGCAUCUUUGGCGAAAUUAAAAGCCCGUUUGGAUCAAUGUUGUCGCGAUUUUGGCAUUUUUUACGUGAACGCGUCGGGUGUACAACGCGAACAAUGCGGCACAAUUCGUACAAAUUGCUUAGAUUGCUUGGAUCGAACAAACUGCGUGCAAACUUUCAUCGGCUUGGAUGUUCUAAACCAACAAAUUGACUGUCUCACGGGCCUGACAGACAAAAAACAAAGUUUAUCGCGCUUUGACGAGGUUUUCCGACAAAUGUGGAUCAACAAUGGCAAUGAAAUUAGCAAAAUUUACGCAGGAACGGGUGCAAUUCAAGGCGGUUCGAAGUUAAUGGAUGGCGCUCGAUCCGCAGCAAGGACAAUUCAAAAUAAUUUACUUGACAGCUCGAAGCAGGAGGCGAUCGAUAUCUUACUUGUGGGUUCGACGCUCAGUUCAGAGCUCGCCGAACGUGCGAGAAUCAUGUUACCUUCCAAUUUAUUGCAUGCUCCGCCGCCAAUGUUACGGGAAUUAUGUCGUCGCAGCUCGCAAUACACAAAUCCAGCAUCUCUCAAAGUGGCGAUAGGUACUUAUAAUGUGAACGGCGGGAAGCAUUUUCGCAGUGUCGUGUACAAAGAUGUCUCGUUAUCGGACUGGCUUUUGGAUGCGAUGGAACUUGCUCAAGAAAAAAGUCUCGUCGGAAACUUGCGCCAACAUGACGCUCCAAUCGAUAUUUUUGCCAUCGGUUUCCAGGAAAUUGUCGAUUUGAAUGCAUCGAACAUCGUUGCUGCCAGUACGGACAACGCCAAAGCGUGGGCGGAAGAGUUACAGAAAGUUUUGUCGUCACGCGAGCAACAAUACGUCAUUUUGACGAGUCAACAGCUCGUCGGUGUUUGUUUGUAUGUCUUUGUGAGACCAGAAGCGGCGGCAUUUAUCAAAGAUGUUGCCGUUGACUCCGUAAAAACGGGUUUGGGAGGCGCCACGGGCAAUAAAGGAGCUGUCGCGAUACGAUUUGUGUACAAAGCGACCUCGAUGUGCUUCGUGUGUGCCCAUUUUGCGGCGGGACAGUCCCAAGUUACCGAGAGAAAUGCUGAUUUUGCGGAAAUUACGAGGAAAUUGGCGUUCCCGAUGGGACGAACAUUAAAAUCUCACGACUACGUUUUUUGGUGCGGUGACUUCAAUUAUCGCAUCGACAUGGACAAAGAAGAGCUAAAAGAGGCAAUCAAAAAUGGCGAACUCGAAACUGUGCUUGCGAAUGAUCAAUUAAAAAAAGAACAAGCAGCUGGAAACGUUUUUGCUGACUACUUGGAGGGCGACAUAACCUUCAACCCUACUUACAAAUACGACUUAUUCAGUGACGACUACGAUACAAGCGAAAAAAUGCGUGCUCCAGCUUUCACAGAUCGCGUUUUGUGGAAACGACGAAGACCCGUGAUGGAAUCUGAGCAUCCCAACAACUGGAAUCCGGGAAAAUUGAUUCAUUAUGGAAGAGCAGAGCUGAAACAAAGUGACCAUCGACCGGUAAUUGCAAUUUUGGAGUGCGAAAUUGCCGAAAUGGACAAUGAGAAGAGAAAUCUCGUGAUUGAACAAGUUGUCAAGGAUAUGGGACCACCUGAUAGUACAAUUGUGAUCAAUGCACUGAACGCUAACGAAGCAGAAGGUCUCACAAUAUUCGAGGAAUCCAUCAUGAACGCAAUUAUUCAAGAGCUGAGCCAAAUUGGGGAAGUUACCUUGGUACGAUUUGUGGAUGAAACGAUGUGGGUCACAUUCCGAGAUGGGCAAUCCGCUUUAAGUGCAGUUGCUAAAAAUCAAGUUGAGAUUUGCGGCUUGCAAUUGAAUUUAGAACUGAAAACGCAAGAUUGGCCCUCAGCUGUUCGGAAAGAAAUCGAGCUCUGUACUUCAAAUACUGUUCCGUUCUUUGACACGUCGAAGGGUGAUUAUAAUUGUUUGGGAAUUCCCACAACUCCAUCUCGAAAGCCGCCAGGUCGACCCAAUUUACCGCCAAGUCGUCCUCCGUUGCCGAAAUCGCCGGCGCCGUCCCCGAAACACUUGCCGAAAGCGGGCGUAAUUCACAUUCCACAUCCCUUACCAAAGCCCGAUGAGCCAGAGAGCGGGGCGUCGACUGAUCCAGCGAAUGCCAUUUACGAAGAGAUUCAAGAAGAGCCUGUUGUGCGCGAAAGGGAACCGAUGCCCGUACCAACACGCGCCGUUCCCCCAAUUCCGAAACGCGUCAACGAACCGGAAACACCAACGAGCAUGCCGCCACCCACAACCAAGGCUCCCGUCAUUCCUCCGCGGAAAGAACCUCCGGUGAUUCCCGCUCGUGCACCUCCUCCCAUUCCAGCACGAACAAAUCCCAACUAAAAUCAACUCGAUGUCAUUUAUUUUGCUUCUUAGAAAAUAAUAUUUAACUCAAAAAAGACACUUUAUGCUGUUAUUCAAUGUACUACUCGCAAAAA